GCGCGUGCCUCCUGGAGCAGCUCGCGCGCUCGCAGUGAACGCACAGCGCGAGCGAGCUCACUCACUCACUCACUGACUGACUCGCGGCAGAGCAGGAGCAAUGACAACUCUUCCUCCUCUUCCUCCUCCUCCUCCUCCUGGCAGGAUGGAGGGAUGCUGAUCAGGAGCGCUUCAUCAUCACCGUCAUUACUGUCAGCACCGCCAUCAUCAUCAUCAUCAUCAUCCUCAGCACCAGGAGCGCAGGGAGAGAGAGAGAGGGAGGGAGGAGCAGCUCUCCGUGGGCUUAAAAAGUUGAGGAGGAUCCGGUUUAUUACCGGAGCACCGGAGGGGGACUCGGACCGUCACCUUCCCCAGACGCGGACGCGGUUUCUCUGGAUUGCCUGCAGAGCAGAGCCCCGGUGGUUCUGGGUGGAUUUGUUCUGGAUUCCGGGUUAAUUGCGGACCUUUUUUAUUUAUUUUUAUCUUCUCUCCCAGAAUCUGCUCUCCGGUGUGGUGUAACGGAACCCUGCCGUUAAGAUAAAGAAGAAGAAAACACUAUAAUCAUAAAAAAAAGAGAAAAAGAAACGAGAAUCUCCACUUUGUUGGAACGUUUUUUUUUUUUAUUCCGGUGUUUUCACGGUUCCGUGGCUCGGUGACGGAUCCCGGGAGGCAUUCACCGCCAUCUGAACGGAUCACUAACGGAUUGCAGACGUGAGUCCGGCGGCUUUCCCGGACCCACCGGUUCCGGGUCUAACGGAUCCCGGGACGGGCUCUCCUGUGGCCGGUGGCCGGCCCCUGCCUCCCUCCCCCCGGGGACCGAGGAGCGGAGGACCGCGGGCGGCACAGCAGGUGCCGGGGAGGGAAUCUUCCCGGGACUGGACGGCUCUGCCACCCCGGAGGAACCGAGAACUACCGAACGCCUCCGAACGGACCCAACCAGGGGAGAAAUCUGAUUAAUUAAUCCGGACCAUCUUUAACGAUCUGAUUAACCUUAAUUGAUUCUGUAAAUCCCGCCGCUCCUCUUGGCUCAGAUUGGCAUCAAUCAGCUUUUAAUCCCGAUUAUCAAUCAAAUUAGAGUCAACUUUAUCAUCCCAGCCGUGAUUUUGGUUUUAAAUACGGAUGACAAACUUUAUGAAUCCAAUUCAGUAAAUUCCUCUUUAAUUUCGACCUGUUUUAAUCGCUGCUAAUCAAACACUUCUAAUCCCAUGUCAAUAAAUGUUAAUUUUAGUGAAUUCUAAUCCCAUUUGAAUCAACUUUAAUCCCAGCUAUCAAACCCCUUUAAUCUAAACUAUUGGUCAAUUUUAAUCCCAUUCAUAAAGGACUUUAAAACCGAUUCACACAUUUUAAAUCUGUUUUAAAUUGGUUUUAAUCCCGAUCAGUAGUCUGUUCUAAUCCCAUUUCUAAUCCGUCAGCCACAUGAGGCGGGAGGAGUGAACGAUCUCCUCCUCGGUGAUAUAAACCCACAUGCUGGCUGUAAAUUAUCCACUUAAACCUCUCCGGAGACGAAACUGUGAGCCGGAGCCUGCGGUGAGGGUUAUUAGGCAGUAAAAGCUCUGAUUAUUUCUAAUAAGGCCGGACAAAGUUUAAACUGCUCACCCGAUUCAUUUCAACACUUUUCAGAUCAGAUGUUUGACGGGAAGCGAUGGAAUAUGGCAGCAGACCCAACUGAAGCUUAAAGAAGUCGAGCUAAUCCACCACCCAGCAUAUUUAGUCUCCGUUAGAAUAAAUUUAUGAUGCAAACUCUGUUAGUAAUUUUGAUCUGAUUUAAAAGCACUGACUCCACAGCUCCAUGCUGACCUUAAUGUUCGGCUCGGCGUUUUAAUCUUCAGCUGUGUCAUCAUAUUAAACCCACGGGGGUCCGGAGGGGGGCUUUAUUGAUGCCUUAUUGCAGGUCUGGAGGAGCUUUAACUCUGAACAAAUUGACUUUACAGCCACCUGCGGACAAUAAGCCGCAGCUUUGAGUCUCCUGCGUUGGGCUGAUCUCCUCUGGUUCUGGACGUGUGAAGCUCAGAUCAACGUUUUCCUCUUUUCAGACAUUUUAAUGCAAAUUCUGCAGAACUGAGUCUCGUUUUUCUUCCUGUGGAGGUUUCUAAUUAAGCUCAGCCGGCUGGUUUCCCCUGAAAGUCUGUGGAUGGUGCUCUCGCUGUACAUCCACAUCCUCAACAGCAUACCUCCCCCCCCCCCCCCCCCUCUCAGUGUCCCGUCCAGGUGGAAUCGAGCUGUCAGGCAUCGAUUUUCCUCUCGCCGCAAAACCAGAACGCACACGGCCGUCUCAUCCGUCCUGGCUCGUCAGGGUUGUUGGCUGAAAUGAGAGAGGGGGUCAAAGCCAGAGGACGUUUCUAGCGGUGCGGCAGUGAGGUCGGAGGUCGGAGGUCGUACCUUCUGGAGUUUCGUGGACUGCUGGUAGAUACCCACAAACGAGUCGGCGCGUAGAUGAACGCUUCUCUGAACUAGUCUCCGUUUAAUGCUCAAUGGGACUCAACGACAGCAGCCCCGGUGCCAUGCGCAACGGCCGCGGCCUCACCGACCAGUGGGCCGAGUCGGUGGUGGUCCGGCCCCGGACCACCGAGCGCCACAUCACGGUGCACAAGCGUCUGGUCCUGGGCUUCGCCCUGUCCAUCAUCACCCUCAUAAUCGUGACGGCGGUGGCCGUGGCGCUCAGCCUCCGCUUCGACGACUGUGGCGGACGGGAUCGCAGCGGGGGUAGAGGGGAGACGGGCUCCCGGGGGUCCGGGGGGUCCGGGAGGCUCAACGGGAGCAGAGGGGAGAGGACGGGGGAGAGGGGGGACGAGGAGGUGGUCCAGCCGUGGAAGAACUCCCGGCUGCCGGGGUCGGUGCGGCCGCGGCACUACGACCUGCGGCUCGCCGUCUACAUGGACAACUUCACCUUCUCUGGGGAGGUCAGCGUGGAGCUGGAGUGCGUCAACGCCACCAGGUUCAUCGUCCUGCACGCCGACCGCCUGGAGGUGGACCGGGUGUCCGUCACAGCCGAGAGCGGCGCCGGCGGCCGUCCAGCCAACAGACCAGGCGGCGGCGUCAUGCGCAUCCACCGCCACUUCCCCUACCCGGCCAAUCAGAUGUACGUGGUGGUGCUGCACCGCGAGCUGAAGCCGAUGAGAGUCUACCGGCUGAACGUGAGCUUCGACGCGGCCAUCGAGGACGAGCUGCUGGGGUUCUUCAGGAGCUCCUACACCCUGCAGAGGGAGAGACGGUACCUGGCGGUGACCCAGUUCAGCCCGAUCCACGCACGGAAGGCCUUCCCCUGCUUCGACGAGCCCAUCUACAAGGCCACCUUCUCCCUGAGCCUCCGCCACGACCAGCAGUACACGUCGCUGUCCAACAUGCCCGUGGAGAGCAGCUCGCCUGCGGACGAGGACGGCUGGGUGACGAACCGCUUCGCCCGGACGCCCCGCAUGUCCACCUACUACCUGGCCUGGGCGGUGUGCAACUUCACCUACAGGGAGACGCAGACCAGCGGCGGCGUGACGAUCCGCCUGUACGCCCGGCCGGACGCCAUUGCGAGCGGCGCGGGGGACUACGCUCUCCACAUCACCAAGAGGCUGCUGGGAUUUUAUGAGGACUACUUCAAAGUGCAGUACUCCCUGCCAAAGCUAGACUUGCUGGCGGUGCCCAAACAUCCCUACGCAGCCAUGGAGAACUGGGGGCUCAGCGUCUUCCAGGAGCAGAAGAUCCUGCUGGACGCCGAGGUGUCCUCCUCGUCCUACCAGAUGGAGCUCACCAUGGUGGUCGUCCACGAGAUCUGCCACCAGGUAGGGACGGCUUAACGAGGGGCCGAGUCUUCUG